GUUAUGGGAAAAAAGAAGAGUGGUAAAGCUAAGAGCGGUAAAGGUAAAAAAGGAAAAAAAGGAGAUGACGAACAGAUGUCAAUGAGAGAGUCUAUUCUCGCAUAUCAAAUAAAUGUGAAGGAGCAGGCAUUAGAAGAUUUAAAUUAUGAAGCUGAGAGUUUGCAAAAGAAAAUCGAGAAAGGAAAAGAGCGAAAUAUGAAGUUGAGAGAAGAGCAAUUGGGACAUCUGAACUCGGUCGUAAGAGAGGUCAGGGGCGAAGAAGAAGGAGAUAAACGAGAUGCAAUUGCUGGUCGAGCUGCCAUAGAAGAAGCACUGCAUGAUUUGUGGUUAACUGAUCAAAACGAGAGCCAAGAAGUCGCGGCUGUCAAGAAGCAUAUCGAAGAGUUGGAGGCAGAAAUCGCGGAAGAAAUGACAGUAUUUGAUAAAUGGAACGACUACAAAGACUAUGGUCAGUACGAAGACGAACAUCGGAUUGCGAUUUUGGAGGACGAAAUCCGCGACAAUCAGGCUACAUUUGAAGAGCAAUCCAAGUUCCACCAGGAAGAUCUUGCGAAGAAUAAGCGAGCAGUGGGCUCUUACACGGACAAGACAGUAGAAAAUGUGAAAGAUGGAGCUGCGAGUAAGGCCAUGGCCAAGAUGGACAAGAAAGAGCGAAGGGAAAUCACGGACCAUUCAUGGCUCAAACAGGAAGCAGUCCGAUACAAACAGGAGGUUGAGAGACUGGAAGAGGAAGUAAAUUCACUGGAACAGGGCAACCUCGCACUCAUGGCGAAGCUGUUCGACUGUCGGUUGGAGGACCUUAACAUAUCCAGCAAUUUGGAUUGGAUAACGUCUCGUCCCUUCAGCUCCAUUGAAAAAAUGAUCAAACCGACUAAAAUAGACUGUAAAAAACAUAGCCUAUUGCUACAUGGUGUUGACGAAAGAGGGAAAAUCGCAUUCCCAUUUUCGCUGUAUCGUGAGUGGACUCCGGGGCCGAUAUCAGCGGAUCGAAUCCAACCUGGGCCAAGUCAUGAUCCGAAAUUCUUUUUGACCCAGUUCGACACCGAUACAGUAUUUGCAAACAAUGCGAUUGAAGAAAAAAUGGGAAUAAUUGAGAGAGAUUUGAUCACACAUCACCCGCUGCUCCGACCAAGUCCAUUCGCGCCUCAAUUGGCCAAUCAGAAACUUCCGCCCGAGUCACAAGUUAUGGGUCAUUCUGAAAUAUCUUAUGGAUCACUUGCAUUAACAAAUAAACCCCAGGUGCAAAGGGAAACCAUGUUGGUUGAAAAAGGCGACGGCUCCGUUGAAGAUGACCGCACUUCCGGCUACUCGUCAAUGGCGCCAUCCCACUCUUUACCAGACACAGUUAGCUCAUCGGGUGCUGUUGGGGCUGGAAGAGGAGUGGGAGGCAGGCCCACCCACCAGUACAAUGGACGACAGAAGAGUGCCACUUUGAAAGCGAUAGAGGAGAGAGUUUUUGGAGUAAUUGGGGAGGAAGAUGACGAUGACCUGGAGAUGUACAUUGAAGAUGAUGAUGAAGGCAUUGAUUUAGAUGACACAAGAAGUGACAUAGAUGAGGAUCUGGGCUUAAACGCAGGAGAAGGUCUGGCGAACAACUUGGUUGAUAACCACUUAAAUCUUGAAGACGAUUCCAAAGAUGACUAUUUGAAGCUGGGUCCGCUGGAACUGAAGAUGCUGCAAAUUGUAGGCACCCAAAUUCCUAUCCGAGCGCCAACUCCCCCCACCCAAGAGGAAUUGGAACUGCAGGUGUACAACCCAGAUGACUGGCCUGUCACACACAAAAUGCUAAACACUAUCCAGGAUGAGUCAUUUCUGUCCAUGAAAAACACGAUGAGUCAGAAUUCAAUCGGGAAAAGUACUGCAAUGUUAGAAAGGGAAAAUGUUAUGAGUACUACCAAUGUGUUAACUUCAAGUACAGCAAGUAAAGCACAGAUGCAAGAUACUACUAUGAUGUCGGAGGCGAGUAAUCGGCCAAGCUUUGCUAACGCGGAAUCUAACAGUCGUUCACGGCAAAAAAUCGAGUCGACAAAUGGAUGAAAUUUUGACAAAAUAUAAUAUCGUCUUCUUCAUUAUGAACAUUUAAUUAUUUCAAUUCAAGCCUGCAUCAUUUUCAUGUCAAUUUAAAAGAAACUGAAUAAAAUGUAUAUAUUUGUCUAAUUUUGUGUAAAUAUGUAAUUAUGCUUAAAAUAUAUUUGAACAAAUAUAGUCUAAUUGAAUUGAUAGCUAGCAAAUGCUGU